GUUAAAAGCUCUCUUAAUUGUUUUAUUAAAAAAAGAUGAAGAAGAAGAAGAAGAAAGAAGAAAGAAGAAAGCUUCAAAAGAAAGAUAAGAGAGAAAAAAAGCUUCAAAAUCAGAAUUUCUAGGGUUUUUAUUGACUUCUCUUCCCGUAGAGGGAAUGUCAAAAGUGCACUAGGCCAGGAUUUUACAUAGAGAUGUUGACGCUAGGAGAAGAUCAAAUCGGUAGAAUUGGGGCAAGCUCUAGCUGGUCUAGGUCGAAGAAGCUUCGGGUUCAUCGCUACGAGAUUCCUGAUCUAAACGUAGAACCUAGUUUGGAUUGGGAUGGGGAAGAAACAGGGGAGGCCACUAAGGCUCUGAGCAGUACAUGUUUGAAACCUAAGGAUGCAGAUUAUUGUUUACUAAAUGUUCCUCAGCUCGUAUACGAGUUAGAGGUCGAGAUACUCGCACGCGUGCCGCGUUUCGAGUAUUGGAAACUAAAGUUACUUAAUAAGGGGUUUUCGCGUUUGCUAAAGAGUGAUGAGAUUUUCAAGGUGAGGCGCGAGCGCGGUGUAGUUGAACCGUCUGUCUUUAUGUUGUCGAGUGGUGAUACGUGUUGGACGAUGUUUGACAAGGGCUUUGGGAACUGCCAGAAGCUUCCGGAACUUCCUUCUGACAUAUGCUUCCUCCAUGGAGAUAAAGAAUCGCUUUGCGCUGGAACUCAUUUGAUUGUCACUGGGAAAGAGGAGAAGAGCAUUGCGCUAUGGCGGUACGAGUUGGAGACGAGCAAAUGGUUCAAAGGUCCCGCGAUGAUCACACCGCGAAUCUUGUUUGCUUCUGCUACUUGUGGGACUGUUGUGUUUGUAGCUGGUGGGUUGAAAAUUGAAGGAAACGGGACCAUGGAAGUUGUGGACAGCGUUGAGAAGUAUGACUCUAAGACCAAAACGUGGACGCUUCUACGCGGAAUGCAUAAGCGGCGGAAAUUCUGCUCUGGGUGUUACUUGCGUGGCAAGUUUUAUGUUCUCGGAGGCCGGGAUGAGAAUGGUCAAAACCUAACUUGCGGAGAAAGUUACGACGAGAAGACGAACACAUGGGAACUCAUACCGGACAUUCUCAAAGACAUGUCUUUCUCUUCUGUCCAAUCUCCACCGCUCAUCGCAGUGGUUGGGGAUGAUCUUUACUCAUUGGAAACCUCGGCGAACGAGCUCCGCGUUUAUGAUGCAAAUGCAAACUCUUGGAAGAAGCUUGGAGAUGUGCCCGUGAGGGCUAAGUCUAAUGGAGGAUGGGGCGUUGCGUUUAAGUCACUUGGAGAUAAGUUGCUUGUGAUUGGAGCAUCAGCCGGUCCGUCUAGGGCCGAGACAAUGUCGGUUUACACGAGCCGUCCAUCCGCAAAUCCUGCGAACAAGCUGUAUUGGGAGGAGUCUAAACGUUGCUGUGGCGUUAGGUUCAAUCAUUUUAUCCUAAACUGUUGUGUAAUGAUUGCGUAAGGGCAAAAACUUUGCGAAGCUGUGGUUUUGUGUGUGUGUGAUUGAAUAGAACGGUGCUAUUGUGGGUUAUCUUCUGAUUCAGAGUCUAUCUUGAGUUUUUGGUGAACGCUAGUGAUUGCUCAUUUUGUGAUAUAUCUUAAGCUUUUGCAAGAUUGUGUUAAAAAUAAGAAAGGUUGUUAUAUCUGAAUAAUUCGAAACAAUCUGUCUAAAUCGAAUGAGCUUGUUUCAAUUCAAUUAGAAUUGUUUAUAU